GAUUUCAAAGAGAUAAUAUUACAAUCUAAAGAUGGUAUUACUAUACAAUGUUGGCAAUUUACUCAUUCAAAUUUCCAAUCAACAACUAUUCCAACAAUGUUAUUUUGUCAUGGAACUGGUGGAAAUAUUAGUCAUAGACUGGAGAAUCUAAAGACCAUGUUUAAAGAAAUAGGAUGUAAUAUCUUCAUAUUAUCAUACCGCGGUUAUGGAAAGAGUACUGGAAAGCCUUCACAACAAGGUUUCCAAUAUGAUAUUGAUGCAUGUAUUGAAUACUUGAUCUAUCAAGAUGAUGGGAGAAUAGACCCUGACAAGAUAUUCUUGUUUGGUAGAUCAUUGGGAGGUGCAGUUGCCAUUGAUACAGCAAAGAGAUAUCCCAAGAUUGUAAAGGCAUUGAUAUUGGAGAAUACAUUCUUGUCGGUACCAGAUAUGAUCAAGGAUUAUUUAGGUGACUUGGUUGUUAGAUAUUUAGUCGAUCCAUUCUGUAAAAGGAAUAGUUGGAUGAGUAGAUCUUCUAUUCAAUCAAUUGAAUCACCUAUACUAUUCCUGUCUGGAAGACAAGAUAGCCUUGUUCCACCUCGUCACAUGGAUGAGUUAUACCAACGUGCCACCAGCUCCACUCACAAGAAGUUCAUCAAGUUUGAUCAAGGAUCACAUGGCAAUGUCAAGAAGUGUCCUCACUACUUUGAUCACAUCAACGAGUUCCUUCAGCAAGUGUUUGGAGAAGAUGGA